AUGGGUUCAAAAAUGAUACAUGGAAGCAUUCCUGUGGGGAUUGGUAACCUUGUCAGUUUGACACUACUCGGCAUGGAAGAGAACACAUUCACUGGUAGUAACUUUGCUACCUUGGGGAAACUUAAGAAAUUACAAAAAUUGUAUUUGAACUAUAACAGAUUGUCAGGUCUAAUUCCUUCCUCCAGAGGCAACUUCACCCAAUUGAUUGCAGUGUUCAUGGAGGAGAAUAACUUAGAUGGAAACAUGCAUGCCAGUCUUGGAAAUUAUCAAAAUUUGCCACAAGUGAACCUCUAUUCUAAUAACCUAAAUUAUACCUUACCAAAAGAAGUUAUUGGUAUUUCUUCCCUUUCCAUUUCAUUUGCCGUGAAACUUAACUCUUUGACUGGUUCAUUACUAGUAGAAGUGGGUAACUUGAACUCAAAAACACUUUGCAGUUGUGUUAGCUUGGAACGCCUAUACAUGGCUGGUAACUCUUUCCAAGGAAAAUCUUUCCAAGGAUCCUUUCCACUCUCAUUUGAGACUUUAAGAGCACUAGAUGAAGUGGAUCAUUCACGCAUUAAGCUUUCUAGGAUGAUACCACAAUAUCUUGGGCAUUUCUCAUUCUUGAAGAUACUCAAUGUCUCUUUUAAUGAUUUCGAAGGCGAAGUACCAAUUCUAGGGCUCUUUGCAAAUGCAAGUGCAAUUUCAGUAGUUGGAAACAUGGGUCUCUGUGUUGUUUCCAUGGAAACAUACCUCAUGACCUUGGACGGCUUUGGUGCUUGGGAAAAUUUCAAGUCUAUGGGUAGCCUUCCCAUUGAUGUAGGCCUCACUCUCCCUAAUCUUGAGGUAUUUGCUGGAGGUGUAAACAAUUUUACUGGAUCAAUUCCUGUGUCAUUGUCGAAUGCUUCUGGGCUUGUGAUACUUGAUUUUGCCCAGAACCGAAUCACUGGUCUUGUGCCUGUGAGUCUAGGGAGCUUAAAGCGUUUAAUUAGACUUAAUUUUAAUGACAAUCAUCUCGGAAGUGGGCAAUCCAGUGACCUAAACUUCCUCACCUUUUUGAUUAAUUGUACAAAUCUGCAAAUGUUGGGAAUAGAAAUCAAUCGCCUCGGAGGCAAAUUGCCCGAUUCUAUAACCAAUCUCUCCACUCAGCUCAGCCGAUUCAAGAUGGGUUCAAACAUGAUACAUGGAAGCAUUCCUGUGUGGAUUGGUAACCUUGUCAAUCUGACACUACUUGGCAUGAGUGGAAACAUUUUCAGUGGUAGUAUCCCUGAUACAUUGGGGAAGAUUAAGAAAUUACAGGAAUUGUAUUUGAAUAAUAACAGAUUUUCGGGUCUAAUUCCUUCCUCCAUAGGCAACUUGACCCAAUUGAUUAAAGUGUUCAUGGAGGAGAAUAACUUAGAAGGAAACAUACCUGCCAGUCUUGGAAAUUGUCAAAAUUUGCUGCAAUUGAACCUCUCUUUUAAUAACCUAAAUGGUACCAUACCAAAAGAAGUUAUUAGUAUUUCUUCCCUUUCCAUUUCAUUUGCAGUGAAACAUAACUCUUAG